GUAGCGGGUGUUUUCGUAGAUCCCGUAGACUCGUGGUGUUAUUGAGCCGUCUUGGAACAUGGCUUGCCACCUGCGCGCUUCGCAUAAACGUGGGCCGGCACAGGGCUCCAUCGAGCACCUGUAUGUGUCCGUGGCGGGGGCCGCGGGGAUGCUGGAUGAGCUGGAUCCUCUGUGUGCUGUCUGCGUGCUGCAUUCUUACAUGUGCAGGAGAGCCUCAGCUUUCUCCUUGGUUGGACACCGAUUGUGACCAUGAGGACUGCUUGACGGACUUUCCGUCCUUGUGCCGCAAGGCUGCGCGACUGAUCCGACGUGUGCAUGACGUGGACGGAGGUGGCCAUCAUUUCGUGGAGCCCAGUGAGGUAUGGAACUUGUGCUUGGAGUUUUUGGGGCUUCAGGAGGGCCCGGCUCGGCCAGGGCCACACAUUAUCAGAUGCUCGCGUGCCAUGCUCGCCAUGGCAGUCCUUUAUGAUGUGGUGUCGGACGAGCUCGACAACAGCACAUGUUCGACGGCUUCUGUGCACAAGCAGUUUCCUAUUUUGGACAGUUUUGAGCAACGCAUUGCAGAGCUGAGGCAGGAUCGCCAACACAAGACUUGGUGGAAAACUGCUUACAGCAAGCACACGCAGCUCGGUUCUGGUCGGGAGUUUCAGCGUAAGGGAGCAAAGUUGUUGCGGCUUCUGGCAAACCACACCGAGAGGUGCAGAGUGCUGGGGCACGCGUGCGCUGUGUACAACGCUUGGGAGCCAGAAACGUGCUUCCCGCACGACGACUUGGUGCAAUCCUGGUCACCGUCCUGCCAGGAUGGUAUGCAGAUCCCCAGCAGGCCUCAGACUCAGCCGGAGAUGACCCGCAUGCUCGAGACUGCGACCAGCACAAGCACCUUUGUGGUGGUAGAGGCGGGUGCUAGCGUUGGCUACUGGGCACCAAAGGCCGCGAAAGCUUUCAGGCGUCGAUUUCCCGACACUGGAGCUUGUCAUUUGGUCUUAAUUGACUCGAUUGUACCUGCAUCUUCUGCCGCGGCGAACCUCCAGCGGAACGGCAUUUACGACCUGUGCAACAUCAGCUUUUUCCAGUCCAGGGCAACUGCAUCGCUGCUGGAUAGACUCAUCGACUUCUUCGGGACAGUUGAUCUGUUGCAUGUGGACAUCCAGGAGGCAGAGUUGGAUCUUGUGCAGAGGAGCGUCCGCUUGCCGCGAGUGCAGCACCUCUUCGUUGGCACGCAUGGGCGCAGGAUCCACCGGCAAGUGCGGUCUUUUCUGGCGUACCAUGGCUUUGCGAUCGACUUCGAUUACGUGGGCAAGAGUUUCCUGAGGAAGUUCACGAGGCAUUGA